CAAGGGGCUAUUUUAAUCUGCAUUAAUUGUUAUUAUCUGCUUGUACAAUCACAGUUAAACUGAGGCCCACCAAACCAUUAUAUUGUCUGCUUGGCUGAUAGCCCCCCCUCCUGCCUUUUAGUAGCGCCAGGCUUUAUCUUUAGUGGUUGGAAUGAAGACUGAUAGAUAUUUCAUAAGUACAUUAAUUUCAUAUAUAGCUCAGAAAAAAUACGCAAACAUCCAUGAGGCAGUGAAUGCUGGGGAUGUUGUAGCCUUGGAGACGAUGGUGAAAGCAGGGGCCAGCAUCAACGAGGUCAACGAACGAGACAAGUUCACUCCCCUGCACUGCGCAUGUAAUGUGGGGGCUCUUGAAUGUCUUCACUGGUUGCUAUGGCACGGCGCUGACACCACGGUUACCACUCCUAAGGGUUGGACCCCUGCACACAUAGCCGCAAUACGGGGUCAAGACGCAUGCCUACAGGGUCUUGCUAACAACAAUGUGAACCUGAGUGCCAAGGACCAUAGAGGCAGCACACCAGGCCACCUGGCCUCUGCACACGGGAACUCCUUCACCCUCAACACCAUCCUCAGAUCUGGCACAGACAUAAACACAACAGACAAGAAUGGCUGGACGCCUGUACAUGCGGCCUGUUACCACGGGAGACUGGGCUGUCUACAACUACUCAACAAGUGGGGCGCCAGUAUUGACGAGUGCGAUAAUAUCAGGAAUACCCCAGCACACUAUGCAGCAGCUGAGGGUCACCUGCCCUGCCUGAAGUUCCUCGUCAGCACAGGUAUCAGCCCCACGCACAUGCUGGGCGCCCGUAACGACCAGGGGGAGACGCCCAAGGAUCUCGCCCAGCAGUUCUAUAAGGACGCCAUCAUGGAGUACAUCAACGGCAUCGAGUGGGAACGGGACCACCCAGAGGCCGAGAAUCUGGCAUUCCCUGCCCAUGUGGCUGCAUUCAACGGUGACCUUGACCACCUGAGAAUGCUCGUGGAGAAUGGAGUAGUGAACAUCAAUGAACGUGAUGACAAGGGCUCAACACCCGCGCAUAAAGCUGCUGGGCAGGGCCACGUGCACGUGCUACAGUGGCUUAUAGAGAUGGGCGCAAACAUGUCAAUUACAAACCAAUCAGGCGAGACCCCGCGUGACGUGGCCCGGAGAUUCUCCAAACUGGCGUGUGUCAAGCUGCUUGGUCGAGAUCCACUACUCAGGGGGGAACAAGAGGAGGCCGAAGGAGGGACAGAGGGAAACACAGACGGGGCCUCCAUCUCUGUCAGCGAUAAACAGAAGAAAGAAUCCCGAGGUCGGGCCCGACGUAAAGUCGAGGACUUGGAGCGACUGCUGGAGAUUGCUAAGAAGAAUUACACGCAGCUUGGCGGGUCACUGCCAGAGGAUCGCAAGAGGCUACAGACCAUCAAAGACAAGGACAAAACAAUCAAUGAACUAGAAGCUCAGCUGGACUACGAGCGAUUACGUCGUGAGAAACUGGAGGCCCAGCUUGACCAGUACAGACGAGACAUGGCUGACUUGAGCUACCGUCUGCAGGCAAAACUAGGGGAUGACAGUGAUUCGGAAUCUGAUGCUGGAUACGGGCACCAAUCAAGACAGUCUACAAAACAACGAGUUGUGAAGAAGCGCUCUGGCUUGAAGAAGAGAUCACAAGACGAGGGAGGAGUGUUCAUCAAAAGAAAUGUGUCCAAAGAGAAACGAGGGGCAAGAUAUCAGAAAGUUGUAUGAGAGAUAAAUGUUUUUUUUAUAGGCGGUACAUUUUUUAAGAUCUGGGUAAAGCUGUUGAAGUUUUAAGUCUGUUUGCUUAACCCUUUACCACUCUAAUACAUAUUUUGACUCAUUCGUAGUCCCUGAGAAGGCUAAAUUUAAUUAAAGACCUUUCUUACUUUCUUCAAGUUUUACAGGCUUCAUUUCCAACCCUAAGAUACUGAUGAGCAGCAAACAGCAUAAAGCCUGAACAGACUGAGAGUUACUCGCAGGUUGUUCUGGUUUUAUACUGUUUGCAUAUAGCAAUUUUCACUUUGCUUCUGAGUGGGAAAGGGUUAAAUUUAGGUAACAUCAUAGUCUGCCAGGUUGUUUCUUUUGCUUUCGCAUAACACUCAGUCUCAUUUGAUGAAGAAGGUAUACAUAGCUGUAUUUUUGUUAAUGUUAAUGUAGUGCAUUUUAAUGUUGUUUUCAUUUUCUGAAACGAUUUAUUCAAGAUACUCUAUUUAUAUUUUAUAUCUUUUUCUACCUAUAUGGUGAAUAUAUUGCCUCAGUAUUUAUGUGUUAAUACAUAUUAAAAAACAUUUUGCAUUGUAUGUGUUGGUUACUCAUACUGCCAGAAACCAUUACUCGCAGUUUUUUGUUGUUUUAAAUGCAUGUUUAAAUUUGUUUUCAAUAUCAUAUCAAGGUGUGUAUUUUUAAUUAAUUCAUAAUGUAUAAAAUAUCUUAAAUGCUCCAAAGAAAACACAAACAUACAUUUAUUUUAUAUGAAAAUGGGUAAAAAUAUCAAUUCGUAUUAGGCAAUAACAUUGCAAAUUAAUAUCUAAUUGUUGUUUUUUUAAGCUUGCAUUUUGAAUCUACAUUUGGUGUUGAUGUGUUAUUGGGGAAAACAAGAAUAAUAUUAUGAUGGAAAAAAUGCUUGUUUACUUAAAUUUCAUCAAGUAAAAGAGGGAAUCAUCAAAAGAUAAUAUUGUUCCCAAAUAAUUAUGUUCCAAACAUGGCAUUAGUUUUCUUUCAAUUCUGGACAUAUAUGAUUUUUAUGCCCCUGGUAGGGUGGCAUAUAGCAGUUGAACUGUCCGUCAGUCUGUCCGUCCGAAAUCUUUAACAUUGGCCAUAACUUUUGCAAUAUUGAAGAUAGCAACUUGAUAUUUGGCAUGCAUGUGUAUCUCAUGGAGCUGCACCUUUUGAGUGAUGAAAGUUCAAGGUCAAGGCCAUCCUUCAAGGUCAAAGGUUAAAAAAAUAAUCCAAGGGAAGUAACAAGCUUUAAAAGAAGAUCAUUUAUAUUUAUCAUUUGGCAGGUUCAGAUCAUUUUCACAAGGGAAGUAAUAUUUAUAAAAGGGAUAUAAUCAAAAAAAUAUAAUAAAUCAAAGCGGCGCAGUAGGGGGCAUUGUUUUUCUGACAAACACAUCUCUUGUAAAUUUGUACUAUUUGCUUAAGCUGCCAUAGCAUUUAUUUUACAAACAUAAAAGUGAAUUUUUAUUACAAAACCAUUUCUCCGUGACAGUCAGCAGAUAAGCCAAACGAGAUUGUAAGCUGUCACAAUUUCAAGGCAAUGCUAUUAAGUAACUUUGGAUAUUUUGUAGCUUUGAUGUGAUGUGAUAAUAUGUCAAUAAAAUCCCCAAGGUCUGAAUUAAUAUAUGAGCACACCUUAUAACCAUAUGGUGUGUGUGAUUGUGAAUUAAGUUCAACCUUUUCAUAUUGUAUGGUAUUAUUUACAUAAAACAAUUAUGUACGUCUCACUGAUUGUUUACCAAUGGACACCAACUGAAAAUAUAUCAUACAGUAUUCAACGCGCAAACUUGCUUGUAUUGUCAUUGAUCUUUAGGAUAUUAAUUAUCAAUCAUUAUGUAGUAAUAAAUUUUAACCUGUGUUUAUUGUUUGAUUCAUGAAAGCAAGUAGUAGCAAGUUAUUUCUUUCUUGGUAUAAAACAUUAUUGCAGAAUACGCACUUAUUAAAUAUUAAAAUUUUAAUAAUUUAAUUUUUAAUAAUUGCCCAUUAAUUUAACCUCUACGUUGAUAUCGACCUGCUACAAAUGUGUCUGAUAUGUAGAUUAUAUCUGUUUAACAGGCGUUUAUAACAGUCAAUGAUAAGUGGUUCCUCUUAUUAUUCUGAACCAACUAUAGUCACCUUUGUCGGUGAAAACAAAUCAAGAUGCAGGCUUUCCAGCGUUCCUAGUAUUUCCUAGUUUUUUAAAUGUGCUCCUAGUUUUUUUUAGUUUUGUCAAAAACCUCCUAGUAUUCCUUGUUUUUAUUUAUUUGGCACUUCUUUGGAUAAGAUAAAACUGUCUUUUAAUGUGUUUUAGAGAUUUUGUUUCAAAAUAGGACCUUCAGGUUAUUGAGCUGACAAUAUUUGGUAGUCUUUGUGGGGUCUGGUGUCACUGAUUACAUAGUCUACCCUUCACAGGUGAUACCUGAAAGUUGGACUGAGCUCUGUGAUGACUACACAUGAAAACUUAUGGCUAUAUUCUGAAACGUUCCUCCACUCAACCCAACCUCAGUUAAAUCCAAUCAGUAUAAUUACGCACAUGAUUUUAUCUAACAGUCCUCUCUUUCACACUGGUAUUCACAAAUGUUAGGACAGCUUAAGGUUUCUUGACUGAGGGAGGAUAUGGUGAGGUAGCUAAGUUGUUCUUUGAGCCUCACUCAAAGUGUUUUUUUAUGAAUACCGAAACAGCAGCUCGUACAACUAUGUGUUUAUUUUGUUAGUUUUUGUUAUUUCAAAGUGUGGGUAAUUUAAAAAAAAUACACUGUAGCGCGAAUUUGGAACCACAAAAUCUUGUGUUAACUAAUAGAUAUAAUAUUUAUUCUGGAGCACUUUGGUAAUGGCUCUUUUUUAGAUUUUAUAUACCACUUUAAUCUUGUGCGCAUUAAGAAUAAGAUAGUAAACAACAUUUAAUUUGAGGAAACCAACUUAUGUCAGUACUAAAAAUCGCUUUUUGUGACAUUUUUUCAGGUGAGAGUUUUAAUUAGUGUUUUGAAUGAUAAUAUUUUAAGGCGAGGAUUGUUGCCUAUCAAUUAGUGUCGUUUAAAAUUAAUUGCAUUAAAUGUUAUAUAGCCGUCAUUUACUUGUAAUAGUAUAAUGAUGCAUAUUUACAGCAAUGGUCAUGUAUUAGACAACGUUCACAGUUAAAGCGGGUAUGCAUGACCUUGACAAAUGUUUGUUCAACAAAAGUAAACUUCUUAAAAUUUGAUAUACAUGCAGUUCAUUAUUAAUUUAUAGACCCUUUCAGAAUGACAUGUGUCCGAAAAUGUAAAUUUCGGAGGAUAUUUAAUUCAGAAAUUACACUCAACUGUACAGACAGUUUUUGCAUCAUGUAAUAAUAAUAAUGAAGAUGAUUCCAUACAAAAACCAUUUUGUUGGUUUAUAACUUUUAUUUGCAUUUUUCAAUUAUUAUAUCGAUAUUUAACAUAAAAUUAUUCUUAUCUGUAAUUUGUUGAAGUAAAUAUGCUUUAUAACAAUGUUCAAGUGAGGAUAUUGAAGAUUUGUUUCUCAAUUCCUGACUCUUAUUUUUUUCAUAGGAUAAUACAAUAACAUGCAAAUCUAUCACUAUAGUAUGUGUGGUUUGUUUGUCAAAACAAGAUCUUUUUGCAAAGCUGAUCUAAGACAGUGGGAUUCGUUAUUUGAAAAUGUUAUUAGAUCAUUUAUAUAUGGAGGUGCUAAGUGGAAAAUGGUUUUAUAUUUUUGUAUCACAGUGUGAUAAUUUACCCUGUCAUGAAAUGUCAUCCAAAUCAAUGUUUUAAAUAGUUUAAUGUAGAUUAUGCAUGUACACUGUAAUACUAAAUGUAUAUUUACUGACUAGGCCAAUCAUUAUUGCUCAUAAUGAUAACAUGUCGCCGUUUACGAUUAUUUUUACGAUUCAGACCAAAAUCAUUCGUUUCGCACUGAUUCUACUAACACACAAAUGCAAUGGUUGCUGUUUGAAAAUAUAUACGUAUAAGCUCUCUCCUUGUAGGCAUAAAGCGCAUAAUUGUUCUAGCUGCAUCAAAUGAAAUGUUACGCCACCAAAUGUUCUUUGUUCUUGAAUAUUUGACGUUCUUUCAACAUAUGUGAUAAAACUAUUACAGAUAGAUAUAUGUUAAAAUCACUUAAAUGAAUAUGAUAAUAGUACAUGUUCAUGCCGAUAAUUUAAACAUAUGAAACCAUUUAUAUGGUUUGAUUUUAAUUUAAUAAAUCAAAGUGGAAGCUGCGUUAAAUCAAUGUUAUAAAGCCAGCAGCUGCACAUAACCUCUAACCUGUAAUAAAUAUACAUUUGUUAGUCCGAUAGUUUUAUCACAUCACAUCACAUAUUUACAUUUGAAAAUGAUAUUUCAUAUAUGCUUAUGGUGUGAUGUAAGUUGGCAUCUAUGGCUUUUUAGUUUUUGAUGUGGUUUCGUAAGUGUUUAGAAAAUUUAUUAUUUGUCACAUAGAAGAUAGAAGGCUUAUAUUUAAGAUAGCAAGUAUUAAUAGCAUACCAUAGUUUAAUUGUAUUGCAGACCGUGCAGAUAUUGUGCCUACUUACUGAGGCAACACACUAAAGACUUUGAAUCUACAAAACAAAUAAUGAUGAUACUACUAGUAAUAAUGUUUCUGAUAAAGUCGCGCUUCGAAUAUGCUACCCAUUCCCUUGUUAUAUUCGUACGCAUUUGCCUUUUGAUUUUUUUAUCAAGUUGUAUAUGUACAGAAUAAAAAAAUACAUAUAGAA